GCAACAUAAGUCGGUUCUGAGASGUUUUGUAACGGCGAAAACGGUGCUUAAAAGCUAAGCGCUGCGGCGACAGUACAGAAUUUGUGUUUAUUGGACUUUCUGAAAAAAGUGCUUCGGUACUAAAACAACUCAUUUACGCCGAUUUGCUGCAAAACGGCACGARUAUGUUGACGUUGUUGCUGUUUCCCCUGAUCAUUGUUGGCGUUUACGCUUAUUGGUCCUAUGUGCAGUACAAGACUGGCUGGCAUUUACUGAAAAGAAUCCCGGGUCCUUUUGUAUAUUGGAUAUUCGGAAAUGUGCCGCAGAUCGGACUAAGACCUGAAGAGCAUAUGAGACAGAUAAGACGUUGGGCACAUGACUACAACUACGGCUUGGUGCGAGUGUACGGCGGCGCUCAACCCUACUUGAUGAUUACAAAUCCCAAAACUACGGAACAAGUGCUAUCUAGUAUCGAGUUUAUAUACAAAUAUGACCCCUAUAAGUUCUUUUAUCCUUGGCUGGGCCAAGGUUUGCUCACCGCGAAUGGCAAACACUGGAUUAAUCAUCGAAAAAUGAUCACGCCCUCAUUCCAUUUUGCUAUACUGCAAGAUUUUCUUAAAAUUAUGAACGAAACCACCGAUCGCUUCGUGGAGCUGCUCACGGGUUUUGCAACGAAGGUGGAAAUGUUCGAUUUUCAAGAAGUCGUCACACGCUCCACGAUUGAUGUCAUAUGCGAAGCCGCCAUGGGCACAUCAGUAAAUGCCAUACAGGGUCCCACGUCUCCAAUAGUACCUGCGAUUGCUGACAUCUGCGAUGUGAUGCGCCAACGGAUCUUUAGCGCUUUAAAUCGUUUCGAUUUCUUCUUCGUUUGGACCAGAGGAUAUCAGAAACAGCAAAAAGCCUUAGCGAUCUUGCGUAAAGAAUUUUCCCAGAUCAUUGACAAACGGCGUGAGAUGCUGAAGACGCUUGACCAAAAUAAGCUGAAAUUGGAUGUAGAUGGCAAACGUCCGAAAAUGGCAUUCCUUGAUAACUUACUAACAGCAGAAGUAGAUGGCAAGCCUCUGACAUUCCAAGAUAUAUUUGAGGAAGUCUCCACAUUUAUGUUUGAGGGCCACGACACCACUGCCAGCGCCAUAGGCUUCGCCAUUUACUGUUUGUCACGGCAUCCAGAAGUACAGCGCCGCGCCUACCAAGAACAAUUUGCAAUUUUCGGCAAGGAUCUUAAACGUAACCCAACUUUUCAAGAAUUGAGUGACAUGAAGUAUCUGGAGCUGAUUAUUAAAGAGACGCUGCGACUGUUUCCCAGUGUGCCAUUCAUUGUGCGUACUUUGUUGGAGCAAACUGAAAUCGGCGGUUUUCAAAUUCCCCCAGGUACCUCGCUCGGCUUUUGUAUUAUAGCAAUGGGUACUAAUCCCCAACACUUUCCGGCACCGUUUGAGUUUAAGCCGGAACGUUUUGAAAAUCGCAACAGUAGUAAUCCCUACGACUAUAUACCGUUCAGCGCGGGUCCGAGGAAUUGCAUAGGUCAAAAAUUCGCCAUGAUGGAAUUGAAAGUAACUCUUUCGAAGAUCAUCCGACACUUCAACAUAUUGCCGGCAGUGGAUGGACUAUCCACAGGCAUACAUAACCCCGCAGAUCGCGGUGACAAGAUUGACAAUCCAUAUGAUGCGCGGCUGGGCUUCUUUCUAACCUUAAAAUCUGUUAACGGCUUGUAUAUACGUCUGAGACGCAGAAUUUAUUGAGCACACUUUAUUUAGAUUUUAAURAUUUUACAGUUUUGCUAUAAAAAUAAAUGCUUAAUGAAAAUA